AUGCACCCGGCAUGUCGAAAGUCUACGCUACUUGGAGCAAGAUCUUCUUGGUGUGUCGGAGCUAAUAGUUAUCCAGUGCUAGCUUCAUCGUUGGACCCAGUCACGAGAAAGCAUUGGGAAGCGACCAUCGUACGAGGAGUGCUGCCAAAAUAUAACGGCAUAAUUGCCUUUCCCAAAAAGCAGUGUGAUAUUCUUGAAAACUGUGAAACAUCCAAUCAACUAGCAUCGCCGCGUGAAAGGCAACCGAGUGUGAAAACCGUCGUCCAGCCGAGAAGUAACACGAAGAUCCUAGCCGCCUCGAGCAACAGUGGUAAUGCUUCCAGCGAAGAGUGUGACAUUUGUGGUGAGUCGCAUAAAAACUUCGAGUGUGGAUUGUUGAAAAAUUUAAGUGUCUCCGAACGAGUGGAGAAAGCCCGUUCCUUAGGAUUUUGUUUCAACUGCCUAAGGAAGGGUCAUCGAUUGCGUGAUUGUCUGUCAGACAGAAAGUGCAUGAAGAGUCGUCAGCGCCACCAUACUCAACUGUAUGAUGAUGCAAGAGUGAAACCGGACCAAACCGACAGCAAGAAGAAGGAAGUUCCUGAUAAACCGGUCCCUGUAUCGACACCAGUUUAUUCUGAAGCCCAAGCUGGCCUAUCCAGUGGUUCAGCGAGUACCGUCACAUCAACCUGCUCCGUUCAAGCUGCUCCGACCAAGAAAAACGUUCUUCUGUUAACAGCUGUGGUUAACGUUUUCGAUCGCCAAGGUAAGCCCUAUCUUUGUCGAAUUCUCCUAGAUUGUGGAUCUCAAGUGAACCUAAUAACGAAGAGCAUGGCCGAUGCUAUCGCAACAAGGAUUUCACCAGCGAAUGUGAAGAUCUCUGGCGUGAACAAUCGUACAACAAGCAGCUUGGAAAAAACGGUCGUCAAAAUCCACUCACGCUACAGUGACUACCAAGCAACUGUGGAAUGUAUUAUUACUCCUACAGUGACUGGUCCCAUCCCAAACACCGAGAUCGAUGUGAGCGAUUGGCAUAUUUCUCCCGGAUUCCAGCUAGCGGACCCCGAGUUCAAUUGUCCCCAAGACAUAGAUAUGCUCAUUGGUAACGGUUUGUUCUUCAAGCUUCUCAAGUCCGGUCAGUACCGAUUGGCAGAACAUCUUCCAGAGUUGCGAGAUACGCAUCUCGGCUGGGUGUUUACAGGUGAAUACGAAGAAGUUGGAAACCACGGUCCAUCCUAUUCUCACACAGUCACCGUAGAAGAUGUGUACGAUGCUGUUCAGCGAUUUUGGCACAUUGAAGAAGUCCCUGACCAAGAAGCCAAAUCUACCGAAGCAGAAGAAUGUGAGAAACAUUUCCUCUCCACCCACAAGCGUACAAAGGAAGGGCGAUUUGUGGUGCAGCUUCCUUUGAAAGAAAAUGCCAACCAGCUGAGCGAUUGCCGAUCACUGGCUUUGAAACGUUUCUACUUACUCGAGCAACGUUUCGCUCGAGAUCCGUGCCUGCGUGAGCAGUAUGUGGAUUUUAUCAGGGAGUAUGAACGUUUGGGUCACUGCAAGCAAAUAGAUGAACGUAAAGAUCCUCCUAACAUGUUAAAGUGCCACCUACCACAUCACGCUGUCAUCCGUCCAGACAGCUCUUCAACAAAGUGUCAAGUUGUUUUCGAUGCUUCCUCCAAACCGUCCAAGAGUGGGAUCUCUCUCAACGAAGUGCUCAAGGUAGGUGGUAAUGUCCAAUCCGAUACUUUCGACAUUGUCUUGAGAUUUCGUAAGCCGAAGUUUGCAUUCACGGCUGACAUAAGCAAAAUGUAUCGGCAAAUCCUGGUUGACCCGAUGCAUUUGGCCCUCCAAAGAAUUUUCUGGAGGGAAAGCCCAGAAAAAUCGAUGAAAGUCUACGAAUUAACCACCGUUACAUACGGUACGGCGAGUGCACCCUUUCUUGCAACUCAGUGUCUUAAGCAGUUAGCUGGAGAUGGCAAGUUAGAAUAUCCUUUGGGAGCAGCGACAGUGAUUGAAGACUUUUACGUGGAUGAUGUGUUGUCUGGAGAUGACACAUUGAAAGGCGCAAUUGAGCGACAAGCGCAGGUGAAGAAACUGCUCGCCACGGCGGGAUUUUCCAUUCACAAAUGGUGUUCGAACUCUGAGCAGCUGUUAGAGCACAUUCCAGAAGAAGAGCGUGAAGAAAUGAAAAACUUAGAAGAACAAGGUGUUAAUGAAGUGAUUAAGGUUCUUGUGAUUGUUCUAGCUAAGUUGCUUAUGCAGCAACUGUGGAAAAGCAAGAUGAGUUGGGACGAACCAGUUGAAAAAGCAAUAAGUGCGCAGUGGAUGCUGAUUAAGAAGACUCUUGUUUUUACUAACCAAGUCCGCAUUCCGAGGCAUGUGCUGACUGACAAAGCCGGCUAUGAGCUUCAUGGUUUCGCCGAUGCUUCCAUGGCCACUUACGGCGCUUGCAUCUACAUUAGAAGUGUGCUUCAAGACGACUCUGCCAAGCUACAACUGGUCUGUAGCAAAUCAAAGGUGGCUCCUUUAGAACAAUCGACGAUUCCCAGAUUAGAAUUGUGUGCAGCACGUUUGCUGUCACACUUGGUGCCGAAGGUGAUCCGUGCCCUGAAGAUGCGGUUCAAGCGUGUGGUGCUCUGGUCGGACAGUCAAAUUGUGCUGGCCUGGAUGCACAAAUCUCCCGAUCAGCUCCAAGUGUUUGUGAGAAACCGUAUCAUUGAAAUCCGAAGUGUAACAAAGGAAUAUGAAUGGAUGUAUGUGCGCUCUGAAUUCAACCCUGCAGAUAUCGUGUCGCGUGGACAGAUGCCAAGUGAGUUGGUUAAGAAUAAGCUAUGGUGGUACGGGCCAGAUUUCUUAAGUUCCGUGCAAUUUGAACAAGAGGUUGUAGAAGAAAUUACUGACGAAGAACUUCCUGAACUGAGAUCUGUUGCAGCUGUAGUUUUACCUGCAACUGAAGAAGAUGAGUUGAAGGUAUUUUCCAAGUACAGUUCAUUCAGAAAGAUACAACGUGUGAUUGCUUUGGUUCUACGUUUUGUCCGUAAUUGCAAGAAAAAGGAUCCAGCUACCCGUGUAACGGAAUCGAUUCCAACAGUCCAAGAAUUACGAUGUGCGAUGGAAGUGAUAGUUAAGGUGGUUCAACGCCAGGAGUUCGGUGAUGAGGUUGCUCGAGUCGAAACGCGCAAACCUUGCCGAAGACUUGGCUCUUUGAGUCCAAUCUUAGUGAACGGUGUGCUGAGACUUGGAGGCCAUUACCGGUCUGCUUCAUGUCCUGCGUCGUGA